AUGACCGAACGUGCAGUGCGAAAAUCCACAUCCCCGGGCGAGGGCAGCAAACUACCCCGGUCUCCUAGGUCGUCGCCGCGCUCAGUACCACGGUCUGCGACAGGAUCCCCUCGACAGCGACAGCAGCAGGGUCACCAAGAAGAACAGGAAGAUGAUUAUGCUGACAAUGGAGAGCCAGAAGAUGGCGGGGAUUCGGAUUAUGCAGAAGACUUUUUGAGCGACACCACCUCGAUUAAUUCGGAGAUCACGGCGUAUCGGUUUGAAAAUGGUCGGCGAUACCACGCAUACAAGGACGGGGCCUACUGGGGCCCGAAUGAUGAACAACAAAAUGAACAACUGGACCUUGCACACCACAUGUUCACCAUCCUCCUCGGAAACAGAUUGGUGCUGGCACCAAUCAGUGACAACAUCCAGAACGUUCUUGAUGUCGGCACCGGUACCGGAAUCUGGGCCAUAGACUUUGCGGAUGAAUACCCCUCUGCUGAGGUCAUCGGGUCCGAUCUAUCACCAAUCCAACCGAGCUUUGUCCCACCUAAUCUAAAAUUCGAGAUUGACGAUGCAGAAGAGGUCUGGCUACAUCCCGUGAAUCACUUUGAUCUGGUUCAUGUUCGCGCGAUGUAUGGGGCAAUUGCGGACUGGCCAGCAUUUUAUCGCAAUGCGCUCAGACACAUCCGACCUGGUGGAUGGAUCGACCAACUAGAGAUGUCUAUUGAAUUUCGAUCGGACGAUGGUACAGUGACAGACGAUCAUGUGCUAUCGGUGUGGUCCAAGACAUUUAUUGAAGCUGGAGAACGGUUUGGCAAGACCUUCCGCACGGCCGAUCUCGCCAAGGGAUACAUGCAAGAGGCAGGCUUUCAGAACGUUACUGAAGAAAGAUUCAAGCUACCAGUUGGACCAUGGAGCAAGGACCGACGACUGAAGAAACUCGGGAUGUGGAAUCUGACACACUGCGAAGCGGGAAUUGAAGGAUGGGCCAUGGCGCUGCUGACACGGAUCAUGGGGUGGAGUUAUGACGAAGUGCAAGUCUUUCUCGCCCAGAUGCGACAAGGACUGCGGGAUCCGAAUGUCCAUGCCUAUUUCUAUGUAGUGGGAGUGUAUGGCCAAAAGCUAUGA